AAAAUGCAGCCUCCGCCGAAGACUUAUUCCUGGCCGCUUCUCUUGGUUGUCCUUUUUUCGGGCAUUAGCCUGGCCAGGUCCGCGCCGCGACAGGCGUCGAGUGCCUACGUCAUUCCGCUGCCUUGGAACAAUCUAAUUGGGACGUUCAAUUUCCCAGAGUCGCCGGAGAAAUCCCAGGAGAUUCCCGAGCCGCGUGCGCUCUCUGUGAACCUGGAGGAUACGAGUGCCGGCCGACCGGAGGAGGAGGACGAGGAGGAUGAUCUGCAGCAGGUGCUGCUGCUGACCAGUGGACUGACUCCCGCCCAGAUUGCCCAGCGUAGUCGGGGCCGAAACAAUGAGGGCAGGUUCUUUGGGCGCGGCGGCACCACCGUGGUGGUGAUCUCCGGCUUAGGCGGCGCUAUCAACAACACUAACAACAACAGUAUUGUGACCACUCCUGCCACCACAACCACAACGGGCACUCGAACCUCGGAGUUUAUCCGGACGCCAAUUGGUUACCCGGCCGGAUAUCCCAUGCAAUACUACCGGAAACGGCAGAACGACGGAGCAUCGAUGUCCUAUCCGGAGCUCUUCGGCUGGAACGAGGCGGCCUUCUACGGCGGAGAUUUGAGUGGUUUGGGUGGCCUGAAUGGGGGCUACAGUCUGCCGGGCGUCCCCUUGGUGCCAAUCACCGUUGGCAACGAGGUGAGGUACGUCCCCAUGAAUCUCCGCAUGCUCCGGCAGUUUGUCGGUGGUCCCACUUCCUUUGCUCCCCCUCCGCCGCCGGCCGUCAGGGAGCAGGAUGAUCAGCUGGAGGACGACGAUAUAGCCGCCUUGGCCUUGGGCCCCGAACUGGAAGUACUGGACGACAACCCCAAUGAGGGUGGCCCGGAGGUCACAAGUCAAGUCACUGGUCACUCGGUCGCCGAUCCAUCGGGCUUUGGACUCCUUGGCCAGCGGUUGAGACCUCGUCCUUUGGUCAGGAGGCGACCACUGCAGACGCUGGCCCAGAAUAUUCGCCGGGUUCAGUACCUCAGGAAGUAA